AUGAACUACGCAACUUCGGCGCCUGCUGCCACUGCUGGUGGCCAGCAAAAUGGACCUCCCGUAUGCCAGAACUGCGGUACAAGCACCACUCCACUAUGGCGCCGCGACGAGAUGGGCUCAGUGCUGUGCAAUGCCUGCGGUCUCUUCCUCAAGCUACAUGGCCGUCCGCGUCCGAUCAGUCUGAAGACGGACGUUAUCAAGAGCCGCAACCGCGUCAAGACAGCCACCGGCCCCAAGAAGAAGGUCAGCCAACUUCCUUCGCUUGAAUCGCCUGGCUUCCAUGCCGACAUCAACACUCCGAUUGGAUCAUAUCCUCAGCGCCGUCACUCUGAUCGCAUGUCUUCUGGCGAACACCACCGUUCCCCUUCGCCCUCAUCUCGCACGAAUACUCCUGGAAUGGUCUCGCACCACAAUCCCAACAUCGCCCCUCAACAUGUCUUUGACAACGUCUCUCUCGCCGAAUCCUCCUUCCAGCCAUCCGGUCUGCCUACCUUCGCCCUUCGUCAACCUUCUCCCGCACCUUCGGUCAACGGAAUGCACCCUGAACAUGCACACCAGUACUCAGAGAACAACAGCUCUUUGAAGACCCGAGUUAGCGAACUGGAAGUCAUCAACGACCUCUUCCGUGGUAGAGUCGCUGAGCUUGAACAGAGCGAGCAAGAUGCCCGUGCAAAGGAAGCCUCAGCUCGCGAUGCCGCAGACCAAUACAAAGCCGACCUUGAUGCCGCCCUGAUUCGCGAGUCUGCUUUGAAGAGAACAGUCGAGUCGCUCGAAGCCGAGAUCGAGUCCUACAAGUCACAAGCUGCACCCCCAUCAAAACGUCUACGCCUCAGUGACGUUGUUCGUGAUGAUAGCACGUCUGUUGAUGCGCAACCAGCCGCUCCGGAGUCUACACCAGUGGCUGCUUGA